CCCGGAGACCUGGCUAAGUUGACUGGUAGACUCCGCCCUGGGAUGGCGCCGAGAAUGUUGGCGUCUAACGGUUUCCCUGGAGACGGGAAGCAUCAGCACUGGGUCUGAGGGCCACCCUUUGUAAUCCGCUGACCGGGACCCUCUCUGCCGUACCCAGCACCGGGUUGCGCGUCUGGUCUACGACAGUGAUAGGUCAACACAUCCGUCCUCAUAGGUUUGUGGAGAAGAAGCUAGAGGAGGAGUCUGACCCCGACGGUGCACGGCGUCUGGAAGCAUCGGGCCUCCAGGUGUCCGGCGGGCGGUGGACACCAGGGGGCGCCGGGGGGCAGCCUCGCGAUCGUCCUGCCGGCCCGUUUCCGGCUGCGCAGGCGCAGGAGGCCGCGAGCCCUGCCGGGGCCGCAGGAAAGAAAAAUAGAUCCUAUUUGCUGCGUGGCGAGUGGAUUGAAAAGGAGAGCGUAGGGGACCAUGUAGGAAACUGUUGCAGAAGCCCAGCAUCUUCCGAGGAUCAGGACUGGUGGGAGAAGCUCCAGAGCCUGGGAGGCCUGAGUGGUAAAAGUCAUCAGAGUUUCAUCUGAAGCCCCUGAGGAUGGCAGCAUGGGCCGGAGAGAAAGAUCUGGGCCUGGGAUCUUGAUGAGAAAGGGGAGCAAGCAACCGUCAGAAUGUUGCUGGGCAUAGCUGGAAGACAGGCGGUGGUGUGAGCAGAUGGCAUCGAUUCAAGAAAAGCAGGUUGUUGCCCUGGCCGGGUGGCUCGGAAGUUACAGAGGAUAACAACAUGGAGAUGAAGCCGCAGGACGGUAGGAGGUGUCCCCCCCACAGGGAGGUGCCCCCAGUCAUGGGGCUGCUGCUGGCCAUGGCUGUCAUGAACGCGCUCCUCUACCUCUGCCUCGAUCGCUUCUUCAUCGCCCCCCGGCGUUCUGCCCUGGGCCCCCGGCACUGUCCCUAUGGCCACUUCAGAGUGGGGCAGAUGAACAACUGCUCAGCAUGGCUGUCCUGUGAGGAGCUGAGGACAGAAGUGAGGCAGCUGAAGCGUGUUGGGGAGGGAGCCGUGAAGAGAGUCUUUCUGUCCGAGUGGAAGGAACGCAAAGUCGCUCUCUCACGGCUCACCAGUCUGGAGAUGAAAGACGAUUUCCUCCACGGACUGCAGAUGCUGAAAUCUCUGCAGAGCAAACAUGUUGUCACGCUGCUUGGCUUCUGUGAAGAUGACAACACUAUUCUCACCGAGUAUCACCCCUUAGGGUCCUUGAGCAGCCUGGAAGCGACGCUCAACCUUUCCAAGUACCAAGCCGUGAACACCUGGCAGCAGCGGCUGCAGCUGGCCAUGGACUACGUGGGCAUCAUCCACUACCUACACCACAGCCCCCUGGGCACGCGGGUCAUGUGCGACUCCAACGACCUGCCCAAGACGCUGUCCCAGUACCUGCUGACCAGUAACUUCAGCAUCGUGGUGAACGACCUGGACGCCCUGCCCCUGGUGAACCGCAGCGCCGGGGCGUUGGUGAAGUGCGGCCACAGGGAGCUUCACGGGGAUUUCGUGGCUCCGGAGCAGCUGUGGCCCUAUGGAGAGGACGUGCCUUUUCGCGACGAUCUCAUGCCCUCGUACGACGAGAAGAUCGACAUCUGGAAGAUUCCCGACGUCUCCAGUUUCCUUUUGGGGCACGUCGAAGGGAGCGACAUGGUCCGAUUCCAUUUGUUCGACAUUCAUAAGGCCUGUAAGAGCCAGACUCCUGCAGAGAGGCCCACCGCGCAGGCCAUUCUGGACACUUACCAGAAGGUUCUGAAUUCACUCAGAGACACCGUGACGUCUCAGACCAGAGAAAUGCUAUGAAGACUAGUGCGGUCAGUGAGGGGUGCGAGUUAAGGAACAGCAGUUCUGCUCUGACAGUGAGCUUGCUGCUGUUCAGCCAGGUGGCUCCUCCUCUGUACCCACGUGCACAUGUGAGCGGCUGCCUCUGCUGGCCACCGGGGCGGAAAUUGCUAAGCCAGAGCAACCGACGUGAUCUAAGUCUGGCUUCACUUCUAACGCUGACCGCUCCCAGGAGAAGAUGCAGAGAAGCCGUCAAUCUGACCUGUAUCUGAAGGGAGUAACUACAGAAAGAUAUAGCUGCAAAGAGCCUUUCCCUGACCUAAUAACUGAGUUUGUAAGCUUGUAAGAAAGGCAGACGAUUUUAAAUGGCAGUAUAUGAAAGAAGCAUAGAGUAGUUCUGCAAGGAAUUUUCUUGCCUCUGUUUUGGAUGGUAAUCAACAUACCAGGUCCUGGGAGUAUCCCUGGUCUGCUUCACUUUGUAUGGGUGGGGCCACCCUUACUGUUUUAAAUGAUCGUUCUGUGAAGCUCCAGUGCCGUCCUCCUUCCUAGGAGCUUAAGGAGAACCAUGAUGGCAUGCUCUUGAAAUUUGUUUUUUAAUAUAUUUUUACAAGAGGCCCGGUGCACGAGUUUGUGUACAGGUGGGAUCUUGCCAGCCAGCCCUAAACGGGGUGGGUGCGGCCGAUUGGGGGUGGGACCAGGGGAAGGGGUCACGGGCGGUUGGCUGGUUAGCCCCACCCCCUGGUCAAACUUCCGGUUGAACACCUAUCGAGGGGACAAUUUGCAUAUUAGCCUUUUAUUAUAUAGGGUUGAUUUCAAAGAGAGAGAGAGAAACAUCAAUGGUAAGAGAGUCAUUGAUCAGCUGCCUCCUGCACGCCCCACACUGGGGAACGAGCCAGCAACCUGGGCAUAUGCCCUGACCUAGAAUUGAACCGUGACCUCCUGGAUCAUAGGUCAGUGCUCAACCACUGAGCCAUGCCAGCUGGGCUGAAAUUUUUAAUUAAUAAGGAAUAUUUAUAACAACAAGUAUGAGGGAAAUGACAUGUGUUACUGCCUUGGAUGGUAGUUGUGAUAUUCAUGUUUACCUUCCUGCUGGGUUUUCUCUGUCCAAAUUAUUGUGAACAUUUUACAUCAACACUGUCACUCAUGACUGGAAAGUGUCAAACCCUUUCACUUGAGUUGUAUGAUUGAAACUUCAAAAAGCUCUUUCCUUGCUCACCAUCAUCAUUUGCAGAGGAUGAUGGAUUUGGUGCAUAUUAAUCAUCCCUAAUUAGGUGGUUAAAGCUGACAUGGAGGGGUGGGAUCACUGGAAUCACAGGGACCCCAGAGUCUCUGACUCAGAAGGUCUGGUGGGAUAGAGUCCAAAACUUUGCAUUUCUAACUGGUCCCCAGGGCAGUGACAACCACUGCCCUUAACUGUCAGACAGGGCACCACAGGCACUGAUACGGAAGUAGUAUCAGUCUUACCCCCUCGUCUACUGCCUGUGGUUGACUGGGUCCUCUGGUUGAUCAGAGAAUGUGCUUGCCCACAGUAUUGUUUUAACUGCUGCUUUUUGUUAUAAAAACUCCGCCACAACCCGCUAGGAGGGCUGUAAUCAAAAGGAUGGACAAUAACAAGUGUUGGUGAGGAUGUGAAGAACUGAAACCCUCAGACAUUGCCGGUGGGAAUGUAAAAUGGUGCAGCCACUUUGGAAAACAGUCUGGCACUUUUUAGAAAGUUCAAAAUAGAAUUACUGUGACCCAGCAAUUCCGCUCUCAAGUAUUUACCCAAGUGAACUGAAAACAGAUCCACACAAAGAAUACCUCACAUUCAACAUUUCCCAAAUAACUCUUCUCUGAGCCAGAUUUGCUGCUUGUUUCCUACGUCUGUAAGUGGCACACCACCCAUCUGAUUUUCCAAGGCAAAAACCUAGUUUAUAUAUAAUAAAAUGCAACCAGUUUAAGUAUGUAUUUCAAUGAGUUUUGAUAUAUUUAUCUACUCAUGUCAUCACCCCUACAGAUAAAACAUUUCCCUCCUAGAAUUUCCCAUGUGUCCUGUCCCCCCCCCCCCUUCAGUCCUUUCCCAACUGCUGGCCUCAGGCAAUGACUCUGCUUGCUUUUCAGAAAGAUUAGAAUUUUCUCCCAAAUAUCAUAAUUGGAACCAUACAGUGUGGUAUAAACAUUUUUGUACCUUUUUUAUUCAUUGCAGUGGUUUUGAAAUCCAUCCAUAUUGUUUGCAUCAGUAAUUCAUAUCUUUUUAUUGGUAAGUAAUAUUCCAUUAUAUGUAUGUUCAUCAGCCAUCUGCUGAUGGACACGGGGCUGUUUCUAGGUUGGGGCUAUUAUGAAAUAAACUGCUGUUACCAUUUAAAUACAAUUCUUUUGGGUAAAUACCUAGGAGUAUUCCUAUGAUCACAUUUAAGUAUAUGUUUAACUUUAUAAGAAACUUCUAAACUGUUAUUCAAAGCAUCUGUACCAUGUUCCAAUAGCAGUGUUCAAGAGUUCCAUUUGCUCCACACUCUUAGCCUACACUUGUUAUCAGCUAAUUUAAUUUUAGCGACGCUAGUGGGUGUGUAGUGCCAUCUCAUUGUAGUUUUUAUUGGCAUUUUCCCAAAGAUAAGUGAUGCUGAGAACCUUUUUAUGUUUAUUGGCCAUUCACAUCUCUGGUGAAGAGUCCAAAUCUUUUCCCCAUUUAUAAAUAAUUUGCUUAUUAUUAAAUUGUUAGAGUUCAUUGUGUAACCUGGAAUUAAGUCUGUUACUAGAUAUAUCUUUUGCAAAUCUUUUCUCACAGCCAGAGGCUUGCCUUUUCAUUUUCUUAACUAUGUUUUGUUUAAGUUUGUGUUUUAAAAUGGUUUAGCCCUAGCCAGUUUGGCCCAAUGGAUAGAGCAUCUGCCCAUGGACCAAAGGGUCCCAGGUUCAAUUCCAGUCAAGGGCACAUACUUAGGUUGCAGGCUCAAUCGCCCGCCCUGGGUGGGAGCAGGAGGCAACCAAUUGAUGUGUCUCUCUCACAUCAAUGUUUCUCUUUCUCUGUCUCUCCCUCUCCCUUCCACUGUCUCUAAAAAAUCAAUGGAAAAAAAUAUCCUUGGGUGAGGAUUAACAAAAAAUAAAAUAGUUUAUAUAUUAUUUAAGAAAGUCAUGAAGGUUUUCUCCUUUAUUUUCUUCCAGGAGUUUUAUAGUUUUAGCUUUUACAUUGAGGUCCAUAUUUAAUUUCCAGUUCAGUUGUUUAUAUGCUAAGGUUAAAGUUCACUUUUUCCUGCACGUAGCAUCGUUUAUUGAAAUGAUUGUUUUAGCAUCAUUUAUUGAAAACAUUAUUUCCCCCAUUAAAUUGCUUUGGUAACUUGGUGAAAAACCAGUACUGUGUGUUUACGUUUAGGCUCUCUCUAUCUUGUUCUGUUGAUCUAUAUUAUUACCUUAUGCUGAUAACACACUAUCUUGAUUACUAUAGCUUUAUAGUAAAUCUUGAACUCAGUGCAAGACCUACAAUUCUGUUGUUCUUUUUCAAAAUCAUUUUACAUUUCCAUAUAAAUUUUAAAAUCAGUUGUCAAUUUCUACACACACACACACACACAUAUACACACAAGAAGUAACCUGGGAUUUUUUAUUUUUUUUUGGAUUGCACUCUAUAUAGAUCAGUUUGGGGAAAACUGGCAUUUUAACAGUAGUGGUUCUUCUAAUCUACGAACAUGGUAUAUCUCUCCAACUAUUUAGGUCUUCUUUAAUUUCUCUCAGUCAUGUUUUGUAGUUUUUAGUGUUCAGGUCUUAUACCUGUUUUGUUAAAGUUAUUUAAGUAUUAAUUUUAAAAAAUUCUAUUGUAAAUGCUAUUUUUAAAAAGUCAAGUUCCAAUUUUGUUUACAUCUUGAUAUGAAAAUACAAUUGAUUUUUGUAUAUUGACUUUGAAUUCUGUGACCUUGUUAAAUUCACUUAUAAAUUCUGGUAAUUUCGGUGUGUGUGUGUGGAAGAUUCCUUAAGAGUUUCCACACAUUUAUUCAUACCAUAUUUGAAUAAAGCCAAUUUGUAUGCUUUUU